UCCUCCAGAAUCCAGGGCUGGUGCUCUAUCCAUUGUGCCACUUAGCUGCCCCCCUGACAUUUCUGAUAGCAUUUCACGAGGCCUCAGUCUCCCCUUACCCCCAUCCCCACCGCCUCAACAUGCUUCAUCUUCGAUUAGAUGAUUCUUAGGUCCCUUUGAAUUUUAAAAUCCAGUGAGUCUUGCCCAGAAUAGAUCUCCUGGUUCUGAGACCCUCAGGGCCCAGUCUCAGACUCGGGUGUGGAGGGAAUGGGACCCAGGUAUUCAUCCCUCCUGGUCCAGUGAGUCAGAUCCUGCCUGGUGUCUGAGUCGAGGUCCCCAGGGCAGAUCACAGGAUUUACACUUGGUGCUCAAGACCACCACCCUCUGAGAAGGAAAAACUGAGGCACAGAAAAAGGAGGGCACCGGACCGAGGUCAGACAGAGAUAGUCAGUGGUGGUACCCACCUUCUGUCUCCAAAUCCAAUAUUCUUCCCAUUUUACAUCAGCCUUCUCCAUCCUGGCCUUAUCCCUCUGCAUUCCCCCCUCCCCUCCCUAGGCCCAGGCUGCCCCUGGGAGGGGAGGAAGGAAGGUGAAGAGGUGAGGGCUUCAGAACUUCCUCCCUAUCCCUCUCCAUGAAUGUCCCAGCGGAACCUGCUGCUGAGGUCACCCAGUGAGGAGGGGGAGGGAAGCCUCCAAAUAAAACUAGGUUCUGGUCAUCCCUUUAAGGAAUCACUGAAGCUGAGGAUGCCCAGGAGAAGUAUUCCUUUCCCUCUUGGCAGGGAGGGCAACAGGAACAGUGUCCAUACUGGUCUGGAGUCAGGAGGGGACUAUGUGAAGUUCUCAAAGGAGAAGUACAUAUUGGAUUCUUCCCCUGAGAAACUUCACAAAGAACUGGAGGAGGAGCUCAAACUGAGUAGCACUGACCUCCGAAGCCACGCCUGGUACCAUGGCCGCAUUCCCCGAGAGGUCUCAGAGAGCCUGGUUCAACGGAAUGGUGACUUCCUCAUCCGCGACUCAUUAACUAGCCUUGGUGACUAUGUCCUUACCUGUCGCUGGCACAACCAGCCCCUGCACUUCAAGGUCAACAAGGUUAUGGUGAAGGCCAGUGAGAACUAUACCCAUAUCCAAUACCUCUUUGAACAAGAGAGCUUUGACCAUGUACCUGCAUUGGUCCGUUAUUAUGUGGGAAGCCGCAAGGCUGUGUCCGAGCAGAGUGGAGCCAUUAUUUAUUGUCCCAUCAACCGCACCUUCCCCCUGCGUUACCUGGAGGCCAGUUAUGGGCUUACUCACAGCAAAUCUGGGGGCCCUGCCAGCCCCUCCAGCCAGAAGGGAGGCCACAUGAAGAGGAGGAGUGUCACCAUGACCGAUGGGCUGACAGCAGACAAGAUAACCAGGGGCGAGGGCUGCCCUACCAGUGUGUCUCUGCCCCCUCACCGUGACGCCAUCCGCAACUGUGCCCUCAGCAUGGACCAGAUCCCAGACCUGCACUCCCCCAUGUCUCCCAUCUCUGAGAGCCCUGGAUCACCAGCCUAUAGCACUGUGACUCGAGUAAAUGUUCCAGGCAUUCCGUCCGCUGGGAUGACGCCUGCUUCCCCUGUCAUCCGCCGUUCCAGUGAGCCCCAGCUGUGCCCAGGAAAUGGCACCAAACCACCUAGCGAGCCAAGCAACAGCGUCCACCCCACCCCUUGUCAUAGCUACCGCCAGGCUUCCCCAUCCCCAUCCCUCAACAGCUACAGUGACCCGGACUCUGGCCACUACUGCCAGCUUCAGCCACCCACAAGGGGCAGCCGAGAACGCAUGGCACCUGAACCUCCAACCCGCCUUGGUGGGGUCAAGAGCUAUGUAGAACGGCUGAAAGUGGAAGAAGGACAGCAUUCCAUGGGUGGGCGGGCACCGGAGAAUGGACCCCCUGAAGGGGAGCAGGGCGGAGGCUUCGUACUGCCUGUCAUAGAGGUGACUUCUUCCUUCAACCCCACCACCUUCCAGUCACUAUUGAUUCCCAAGGACAACAAACCCUUAGAGACGAGCAUCCUUAAGAAGGUGAAAGAACUGCUUGCUGAUGUGGAUGCCAAGACAUUAGCCCGGCACGUCACCAAAGUCGACUGUCUGGUUGCUAGGAUACUGGGCGUUACCAAGGAGAUGCAAGGGCUCAUGGGAGUCCGCUCGGGCAUGGAGCUUCUAACACUCCCCCACGGUCGGCAGCUCCGACUGGACCUGCUGGAACGGUUCCACACCAUGUCCAUCAUGCUGGCUGUGGACAUCCUGGGCUGCACAGGCUCCACAGAGGAGCGGGCGGCCCUGCUGCACAAGACCAUCCAGCUGGCAGCUGAGCUCCGGGGAACGAUGGGCAACAUGUUCAGCUUUGCUGCAGUCAUGAGUGCCUUGGACAUGGCCCAGAUCUCACGACUGGAGCAGACUUGGAUGACCCUGCGGCAGCGGCACACAGAAGGGGCCAUCCUGUAUGAGAAGAAGUUGAAGCCCUUCCUGAAGAGCCUCAAUGAGGGCAAAGACAGCCCGCCACUGAGCAACACGACCUUCCCUCAUGUGGUACCCCUCAUCACCCUUCUGGAGUGUGACACUGCACCUGCAGAGGGCCCGGAGCCCUGGGAAAGCACAGAGCAUGGCGUGGAAGUCAUCCUUGCACACUUGGAGGCUGCCCGCACCGUAGCCCAUCAUGGGGCCCUAUACCACACCAAUGCUGAGGUCAAGCUUCAAGGAUUCCAAGCCCUCCCAGAGCUUCUGGAAGUGUUCAGCACAGAAUUCCAGAUGCGCCUUCUCUGGGGCAGCCAGGGUGCAGCCAGCAGCCAGGCCCUUCGCUAUGAGAAGUUUGACAAGGUCCUCACUGCCCUCUCCCACAAACUGGAGCCUGCUGUCCGUUCCAGUGAGCUGUAGCCUUCCUGUGCUUUCCAUCACCCCAGUACUCCUCACCCUCAUGGCUGCAGGCAGCAUUUGGGGGGAGGAGAAAAGGGGAGAGACAGAUAACCCCUGCAGGCCUGGGGCCGUACACAAACCAAAACUUUUGCAAUACAGAAAGCAGCCAGACUGUGCAAACACACACUGGAGGCAUCCACCUGAGGGACAUGGGGUUGUUAGAGCCUUUGGGACUUGGAAAGGGCCAUAUAGUGCCCAGGACAGUCCCCCACUUCAGCCCUUAUUCCCUCCCUAGUACCCUGACCGACACUGUUCAAGGAAUACCUCCUAAGCCUUCCCUCUGGUGUCUUCCCCAGCUUCCCUGAGCACCUGUGAUGGUCCUCGACAUUGCUCCCCACCUACUCCCUUAUGUUUGCCCUUACUCGUUCACUGGGCCUCCUGAGAGGAAGGCCUCAGAGCCCCUCCCUCUCACUCCUUCCCUUACUUCUCCUUCAAUUCUUCCCCACUCCCUGGUCCCCCAAUACUUCAAUUGGAGUCCCUUUUGUUCCUGACUCUUGGUCUCCGUGUCCCUCCCUCUCUUCUUCCUCUCCUGGGAAGAGACUCAAUUUUGUUGUAAAUAAGUUGAGUUCAUUCUGUAAAUAGAUGUACAGAUGUUGUGUUCUUUCUUUCAUACAAUAAACCUUUCUGGAUCUUC